AAAAUUUAACAACAAGAAAAUCGUGGUAAGUUGAGUAAAAGGCAAUACUACCUCGUAAGGCCCUCAAUUUUUUUUUUUCUUAAAAAAACCUCGUAAGGCACACCCACACGUAAAAUACUUGCCACACUCUUCCUCUUUCUCUUCUGUUGACUGCUGUCUGCCGAGUGCUGACUUCAAGGAUCUUCUGCAAACUGAUGCAGCAAUACCUUAAUCUAGAUGGAAAUUCGAGGAAAAGAAUUGGAGAUGAUGCUCUAGUGAAGGGGCAUUUAAUUGGCAAAGAAGUGAAGGUAGUAAAUUGAGGGGUUUCAUUCGUGUUCAUGGUGGGGACUGGAAACAUCCUUGUGAUCAAAUGACAAACCAGGAAGCAUUAGCUAGACAAGAAGAUUCGCUGAGGGUCUCCAUAUUAGGGGAUAGACCAAUGGAGUCAAACUCGACCUCAUCCAAUACACUAAGGCAUCACAUGUCUAACUUAAAAAAGAUACUUUGGGAGUUAUACAAAGGAAAACCCUUCUCGUAUUGGAUUCUUAUACUUCUAAGUGGGGGUGCCAUGCUCAUUGCAUUCCCUGCUUCUAGUCUUUUGUCGCGUUUGUAUUAUUCCAACGGGGGUAAAAGCAAAUGGAUUAUAUCAUGGGUAGCAGUUGCAGGAUGGCCAUUAACAGUAUUUGCCUUAAUUCCUACCUACUUCUUUUGCAACACAUUUCCUACGCGUUUGAACUUGAAACUCACUCUUUGUUAUGCAGUUGUGGGUUUCUUAAGCGCGGCUGAUAACCUCUUGUAUGCAUAUGCCUAUGCCUACCUUCCAGCAUCAACUGCUUCUCUUCUAGCAUCUUCAUCCCUCGUCUUUUCUGCAUUAUUUGGUUAUCUUCUUGUUGGAAACAGGGUAAAUGCCUCCAUUAUAAAUUCUGUUUUCAUGAUUACUGCUGCUUUGGCCAUUAUUGCAUUAGAUUCAGACUCAGAUUUAUACGGUAAUGUGAGUAAAACCCAGUACACUAUGGGAUUUAUAUGGGAUAUCUUGGGAUCUGCUCUCCAUGGACUCAUAUUCGCGCUUUCUGAGUUAUUAUUUGUGAAGCUGUUGGGAAGAAUCUCGUUCCAUGUAGUGCUUGAGCAGCAGGUCAUGGUUUCUUUAUUCGCAUUUAUAUUUACAACAAUGGGUCUUGUUGUGGAUAGGAGUUUCCAAGGAAUGGAAGAAGAGGCCAGAAAUUUCAAAGGCGGUAAAAGUUCAUACUGCAUGGUUCUUGUUUGGGGUGCGAUAACAUUUCAAUUAGGAGUGUUGGGCGCCACAGCAGUGCUGUUUUUAGCAUCAACUAUGCUUGCAGGGGUUCUGAAUGCUGUCAGAGUGCCGCUCACAAGCAUUGCAGCAGUCAUACUGCUAAGCGACCCGAUGAGUGGUUUCAAAAUACUUUCUUUGGUCGUUACAUUCUGGGGAUUUUGCUCUUAUAUUUAUGGGAGUAGACCUCCUAAGAAAGAUAAUCCUGCAACUCCAAUGGACGAUGCUGCAGCUGGUCCAUGAUUAUUUCAUAGACAUGUUGAUGAGAAACGAGUAAUUGACACAUGUUUCCGGUGCUUUUAAGUUGAUAAUGCUAUUCUGGUCUGAACAUUUAAUUUCAGAAGUUUAAUGAUCUACAUUAUCACCAUCCUUCACAAUCACCAAUCUUCGCAGCUAACUCCCAUUCGAGCUUCCUAUGUCAUAAAUUUGGCUCCUUUAUUGCACAAUUGCAAUUUAGAUCGUUUUUCAAGCCUUAUGGAAAUUUAAUUAGGUUGUACUUCCUCUGUUCUAGUAAUAUUGCAACAACUGCACUUUUGCAUUAUUCAUCAUGCUUGUUUAACUACAAAUUAUGAUUUAUACGUAAAGUAAAAUAUAGUCAUGUGGGGUCUUGUAGAUUCGUUUCGUAAAAUACUUUCACAAUAUCAACUUGUUAUAAUUUUUACUCUUAUAUAAUUAUAGAUAUUUAACACAUAAAAUGUGCUUUGAGAUGAGUAAUUUCACCCUUGUUGCAAUAUUUGUGGAACAGAGAAAGUAUAUGCUUGCAUAUUUCUGUUGUAUCACAAUAGUUAUGGCCUCUGUCAAGCGCAUUCCAGAAUCAAGUUUAUUUCUGUUGUAUCACAAUAGUUAUCCAUAUUUGCUGUGCUUAACUUUACCUUCUUUC